GUGGAAAAUAAGAUGGAUAGAACAUUUUUCUAUCCAAGGAACAUAUGCGAGAAAAUAUUUACCUUUAAACUUGUCGAUAAGCCACAAGCUAUCAAAGCUUAGUUUUACGCAAUUGUCAUUAUUAGAUUAUGUAGACAAUGCAUUUUCAGGAUUAAUUUCUGCGCUUCUGUAAGCUCGACGAUUAUUUUAACAGCUAAUGGCAAGCUUCCAAGAUUAUGAAUUGUAAGUCCAUUAGUACUUUUGGUUUACAGCCGAGAGCGUCGACGUUAUGACAUGUACUUGGAUAUGGCGAAGAUAUUUCAGGUGAUACAAGCCCAUGACAUUACAGCUCAUUUAUGCCAAUAACUGCCCAGCAAUUACUUUCCAUAUUAGUUAAAUGGACUGAAGACACCGCUCUAAGAAAAAUAUGCCAAGAUCGAAUAUCAAAUAUGAACUUACCGGAGACGACGAAGAUACAAAUAAUUACUUUGCCCAACAUGCACAAGAAUAUCAAACUCUUUCAAAGAAAGCCAUUUUUUGGCGCAAGAUGAUGCAAACUAUAAUCUUAAUAUCCGUUUACUUUGUGCUCUCCAUUGGACUUACCUUCUAUCAGAAAUGGCUUUAUGGAACUUAUAAAUUAAAUUACCCGCUAUUUGUGGUAAGCUGUCAUCUGGUAUUAAAAUAUUUAUUAUCGAGCUUCAUAAGAUAUGUAAGAAAAUGCUGCAAAACGCAGCAGCAAAUUUGUCGCUUAUCUUGGCAAAAUAUUGUAUGGACCUUAAGUCUGCCUGGAAUCGCCAGUGGCUUAGACAUUGGAUUUUCAAAUUGGGCUAUGUCACUUAUCACAAUGUCUCUGUACACUAUGACAAAAUCAACCACGAUUAUUUUUAUUCUUGGAUUCGCCCUUCUUUUUAAUUUGGAAAAAAAAUCAUGGGUAUUGGGAGGAAUAGUUUUUAUGAUAUCAAGUGGUUUGGUAAUGUUUACCUACAAGUCGACAGACUUCAAUUUAUUAGGUUUCGUAUUAUGUCUCCUCGCAUCAUUUACCAGUGGAAUUCGCUGGACAAUGGCACAGCUUAUAAUGCAAAAGUCAAAACUUGGAUUAAAAAAUCCAGUCGACAUGAUAUACUAUAUGCAACCAUGGAUGUUAAUGUCAAUUUUUCCCAUAUCCAUAGUGGUCGAAGGAACUGACAUAUACAACGGCCUUGUAAAUGUUAAUUGGAGCAAUUACUCGCUUAUAAUAACAACAAUAUUUGUUGUUAUCGGAGGAGCUAUACUAGCAUUUAGCAUGGAAGUCUUGGAGUUUUUGGUUGUUACUUAUGGUUCUAGUCUAACCUUAUCCGUAUCUGGAAUAUUUAAGGAAAUAUGCAUUCUGGUCAUAGCAUACGAAUGGAAAGGAGAUCAAAUGAGUGGCCUUAAUUUUAUAGGUUUACUUAUGUGCCUUGGCGGAAUAAUUCUACAUGUAAUACAAAAAAUAAUGAUACAUAAAAAGGAAUCGAUCAAUGAGUUAGAACUACAGUCAAAUUCAUUAACUACAAGCUGUUCUAAGUCCGACGAAGCCAUUGACACUAAUCUUCCGCUCAUAAUGCAGAAAUCAAGUUCAUUAACAAAUUUACUUAAUGCCAAUUUUAGCUCGGAUGAAGAUGACGAAUUUAGAAUAGAAAAUUCAAAAGAAUUAUUAUCUAGUAUCUUGCAAAGAAGAGAAUGAAUGCAAUUUUUAGUUU